UCAUUUUAUGUUUUGUAUUUUAUAAAUUUUUUCUGAAAUAAUUUGGCUUUUUUUAUAUAAAAAAAUAAAAAUAAAAAAAUAAAAUUGGAGAAUUUGUAGAAAGGGAUAAUGAUUAACUUAAGACAAGGUGAAAGAUUAUUUUAUGCGAAACGAUUAAAUGAAAUUUUCUAAAUAGGAAACAAGUGUUUUAUUUAUCAGUUUAAGAAUUUUUAAAACAAUUGACCCGGAAAAAAAAAAGAAAAAAAAGAAAAGCAAUACCCGAAUCAGAAAGAAUUCAGAAUGGGACAUUAUAAUAAUUAGGCAAAGAUAAAGGAUCCAGAAACAAUAAAAAACAAUUGAAGCACUUGAAGUGCAAAAACACAGGUGUGCGAAAAAGAGACGUUAGUUCUUAGGAUUUAUACUCACUGCCGGCCCCCCUUCUCUCUCUCUCUCUCUCCAUAACCAACGGUAUCUUUCACUCUUUAUAUACACUUAACUAACCUUAACUAAAACCAAACUUUCCUCCAAUCUUUCAAUUCAAUCUCUUCUCUUGUUCCUUUUUAAACGGAAUCUAAAAUCUUGCUUGAGAUCCUCACUUACCCAUUUUACCAUCCUUUUCAGAUCUCCUUAAACUCCCUUCCUUUUUUUUGGUUUUUCUUUUGAAUCUUUCAUUUAUUGUACAUAUGCUAAAGAUAACGCAAUCCUAACCAAAUCCCACAAUUUGACUCCGAAAUCUGCACCAUACCCAGUUUUUAAUUUUCGUAUUCUGGGAAUUUUACUCAAUCUUCACAAUUGUAUCUCUAAUAGCUCUCUGUAUAUCAAUAUAUAGAAAAUCUCUUUCUUGCAAGUCUUUUCUGGGUUGUCAAAAAAAGAAAGGUGAGAGAAACUUUUUUAUUUUUUUAUUCUUUUUUAUCUUUUUAAGGAAUAGAGGAGAAGAAUAAUAAUAAUGGGGGUGAAGAUGAUGAGGUGGCCACCAUGGCCACCUGUGUCAUCAAGAAAAUAUGAGGUGAAAAUAGUGAUUAAGAAAGUGAAAGGUGUAAAAUGUGAUUAUGGAUCAGAGAAGAGGAGACUAGUGGUUGAGGUAAAGUGGAAAGGGCAAAAGAGUAUUGGGUUGGGACCUUUGAGGAAGUCUGUGAAGAGCAAUUUUACUGAGGAAGGUGGGUUUUGUGGUGAUGGUGUUUAUGAAUGGAAUGAAGAGUUCAAAAAUUUAUGUAAUUUUUCCGCUUACAAGGAUAGCUUUCUUUAUCCUUGGGAGGUUGCAUUCUCUGUUUUCACUGGCUUGAACCAAGAACCAAGGAACACUGUCCUUGUUGGAACUGCUACAGUAAACCUUGCAGAAUUUGUUUCAGCAGCUAUUGAAAAAGACCUUGAACUCAAUGUUCCUUUAGUAGUUCUCAGAAGUAAUACUGAGGGCAAUUCCUUGCUUUGUUUAUCUCUUAGGUUGAUGGAAUUGGUAACUGUUCAAGAACCUCCACAGGCGGUACCUACGUUAAUACAGCCUGCUCCAGCAUCACCCUCUUCUGAAGAAGCUCAAUUACCGUGGAGAGAUGAGCCUUCUGGUCUUAAAGCAAGUCUGGGAAAAGUGAAAAUAUUCCGAGAGAAAAAGAAAGUUUAUCAUGAUGAAGAGAGUAGCGAUGGUAAGAACUGUGUCAGAGGAGAAGAUGGUGAAUACAACUAUCCGUUUGAUACGGAUUCACUUGAUGACGACUCUGAGAGUGAAUCAGAGCAGAGUAAUGGAGAUCCUACUACUAGGCUGCCAUUGGAUUAUGGAACACUGGCCCACGCAAACUUUGCUGGAGGAUUGAGUACAAUAUCUAAUGCUGAAGAUGACGGUUGGAUAUUCUAUAACAACCGAAAACUAGAUGUGGCACCUAUUCAUGUUGGAGAAUCAACUGGAGCAGUCUAUGAAAAUUCACUGAAGCAGAGUUCAAAGCGCCGAAUCUUGUCUUGGAAGAAAAGGGCAUUGAACUUUAGAUUUGCUAAAACUAAAGUUAAAGGAGAGCCUCUUCUGAAAAAAGAUUAUGGAGAUAGUGGUGGUGAUGACAUAGAUUUUGAUCGUAGACAGCUUAGCUCCUCUGAUGAGUCCAGUUUAGGGUGGAAUAAAUCAGAAGAUGGUUCUACAACUAGCCGAUCAUCAUUUUCCGAAUUUGGAGAAGACCAUUUUGCCAUAGGUAGCUGGGAGCUGAAAGAAAUGAUAAGCCGUGAUGGACACAUGAAACUCCAAGCACAGGUCUUUUUUGCUUCAAUUGAUCAAAGAAGCGAGCGUGCUGCAGGAGAGAGUGCUUGUACGGCCCUCGUUGCUGUUAUUGCUAAUUGGUUGCAAUCUAAUCCCUAUGAAAUGCCAAUCAAGUCUGAAUUCGACAGGCUGAUUAGAGACGGUUCGUUGGAGUGGAGAAAUUUGUGUGAGAAUGAGGACUAUAAACAGCAGUUUCCUGACAAGCAUUUUGACCUUGAGACAGUCAUACAAGCUGAAAUCCGUCCUUUCUCUGUCAUAGCAGAAAAGUCUUUCAUUGGAUUCUUCCAUCCAGAAGGCCUGGAAGGAGGAGAUUUUGACUUCCUUCAGGGUGCGAUGUCCUUUGACAGUAUCUGGGAGGAGAUAAGUCACAAUGGGUCAAACUGUCCUGCUAAUCGGGACCCUAUGAUCUACAUUGUCAGUUGGAAUGACCACUUUUUCGUCUUGAAGGUUGAGCAGGAUGCAUACUAUAUCAUCGACACCUUGGGAGAAAGGCUAUAUGAGGGAUGCAAUCAGGCCUAUAUUCUAAAAUUCAACAAAGAUACAACAAUCCAGCGGUUACCGAUAGAGACCAAAGAGUCUGAUAACAAAUUAGAGAGUGAUAAGGUGCAGCCAGGCAACUCUAAGGAAAAAAAUUCAGCUAAAAAGAUUCUGCAAUCGAGCCCGAAUGAGGCAGGUAAGAGUCAGAUGGAAGAGGAGAUUGUGUGCAAAGGGAAGGAGUCAUGCAAAGAGUACAUCAAAAGGUUCUUGGCUGCAAUACCUAUAAGGGAAUUGCAAGCUGAUAUCAAGAAAGGUUUAAUGGCUUCCACACCUAUUCAUCACCGGCUUCAAAUUGAGUUCCACUACACUCAAUUGACACAGUCUGCAGCUAAAUAUUCAUCAAAAGAUGAUUUGGCAUUGACUGUUGUUAUAUAGAAUAUUUACCCUUUAAAGCAUAAAAAUUUCUUCGACUGUAAUUAUUUUGAAGUCUAAACCCUCUCUCCCCCGUGUUUACCCGGCAAGAGAAAUGUAUCUUGUUCAUAGAAAAGAAAACAGAUGUGAUACACCGAGCCAUCAUGAUGAGAUCCUAUUAAAAUUUUUGCUCCCCAUUUA